AGACCAUAAGCACCGGCACGGCACAUGUUUGAUGGGAUGCGUCCGCUCUUUUCUCUCGGUCUCUCUUCCCGCUCGUCUCCUUAUUCUUCCGUGCGUAGUGCGGAAUGUGUAGGGCUUUCGCACUUGGAGUCCCAUGGUUUUCUUUUACGUCGAGGUGCCCGUAAUGUGUUUGCAGGGGUAGCCUUGGCCUGACAGAUUCUGCUCUUAGUCAGAUGUUAUGUCGGUUGAAAGUGGACAGAAGAGAAUGACUGAUCAAAAGAAAGGGCCUUCCAAGACACGGUUAGAUGAGCUUUCGAGUCCAGUGAAGGUCAGCAGGGCCCGUCCUGCAAGAGCAACGGCAGAAGGAACAAAUAAUGUGGAUAGUGUACGAGAGAAGCCGGGACAGACUAGAAGCCAUCGUCGGUCAAGCCGAGACGAAACGUCGGCCCUUGAAGGUCAGACAUCCGCUGCAAUUGAGGAAUCAAAGCGUGUAAGGCACUCGGACCAGGAGGACAAUCGUUCUUCCGGGGCAACUCAAAUGUCGGCUAAGGAGAGAUCCGCGUCGCCAAAGAUUAAGAAGGACCGGUAUUCAGGAAGAUCCCAGGAUUUGUCUGCUAAAGAGGGAUCAGAUCCAAUUGAGAGCAAGAAAGAGAUUCGUUCAAAGAAAGAGAAAGUGGUUUCAUUUUCUAAAUUUGAUUCUGAGCCGAUAAAUGCGACGAAGGAACGUCGUUCCGAGACGAGAUUGAAAGACGAGAGUGUGAAGCCAGAGGGAGUGAAACCCAAAAAAUCCAAGAAGGAAGGUCGAUCUAAACUGAAAGAGAAGGAUGAAGUUUUGAAAGACGAGUCUGCUUUGGCUGAGGAAAGAUCAGAGCCGACGAAACCUAAGAAGGAACGUUCAUCGAGGACAAAUAAAACAUUAAAUCCGGACGGCGAAUCUGUAUCGGUCUCCGAAGACGAUUCGAAGAAGAAGAAGAAGAAGAAGAAAAGGUCGAAGAAGAAAGCCGAGGAUGUAUUACCAACGAACAAGGAUAGCGUGAACGGUCUGAGCGCCAUGGUCGAGCCCUGGACGUUGCUGAAAAAGGUCGUUGAGAAUCACCGAGAGGAGGUGCAUGUUUUGAAGGGCAUUAUGGACCUGCGGGCAGCGAAGACCGGAGAUAGAGCGAUGCUGCAUCAGCUGGAAACCUUGCUAAAGGAAAUCGACAAGGACAGAUCAUGAUUUCUUCUAAUUUUUCCUUUCAAAUUGUGGGCGCUCUGUUCCACCAAAUAAGUACUCUGCUGUAGUUGAUUUGGGGCGACUCGUUACGAGGAGAAAAACCUCUUGACCUCGUUCGUAUGUGUGCUGCUGUACUCACAUGGUUCUGAUCAGCGGCUGGUGUUGAUUACCAUGUAUCGUCCAUUCACCUAGCAAAAGUCGUUUAGAGUGUAUCUCGAAUUGUGAGCCUGAAUCGUAUUUGUUAGAGACAGUAUGUAUUCUUGGGCAUAUUGCCCAGUCUGCCGGACAGGCAAGGUUCCCAGCAAUGCAGAAAGGAAGAGGAUAAAGUCCGCUGUGAGAGCAAAUGCACGUGAGCACGUUGCAUGCAUGCAAAAGUUUUCCGCAGAAUUCGUAGAGCAUUUGGUAGGUUAGAUAGAGAGACAUGUUUGGAAUUCUUAGCUUAGUCUCCCGAUGGCAAGCAAGGCCUCGGAGCGACUACCAUGAUCAGGAAUGGAGUUGAGUCGCCUGUCCAAAACCAGAGCAAACCUAAAGACAUGGCUAACGCAAGUUCAGUCCUUCACCAUCCGACGAACUUAUAGGAGAUAAACAAGGAGCUUGAUGUUAUAGUUCGCUUCAUUCUGAAUGAUCGUUGGACGAGGGGAAAUAUUGCACGAUUGGCUAUGAUCUCGGUGUUCUAGAUUCUACAGGAAAAUCGUAUUUCUUUCUUUAUGUAGGGGUCACUCACUUGAGCGCAACUGACCCGGAAGUCAUUGAAUGCAGCGAACUUUUGAGCAUCUACGAUAGAAAGAAAAGAUAUUCAAAGCACACAAAGCUCAGGCACCAGCAUCUCAACAUAGGGUAGCACUCAUGAAUCCAGUACACUUGCACUCCACUGGCAGAUUUCAAGUGAUGCGAUCGAUCGUUAGAGGUAGUCCAUGCCAGUCCAGUCAUCGAACAGAUCAAUCA